AGGUCUUUUGCUCUCCCUCGAUCUGCCAAACGCUACACACGUUUUUCGUCCGUCCUUCCAAGCCGAAAAUGCCAGCCAGCACUUUCCCGGGAUUUUUCCUCUGAGCGAUAUUUGGGUACGUGAUAUUUGAUAAAGGCACCUACCUACCUCUUGGUUAACAUAUUCCGAGUAGGAAUGAGGAUCUCCAUUGAAAUGGAACAACAGCUUUCCCUUGCGUUAAUAUUGAUCAAUGUGCUAAGCAUUUUGAUUAACUUUGGGAACUUGAUUAAGCUGAAGAAAUAUGGAGAUUUGACCAAGAAUGUGUUUUUCAUCUUCACUCUGGACAUUAUUCAGACCAUCGUGGCCAAUGUAACUGCCAUUGUUCUAAUGAUUACAGUCAUGAAAGAGAGGCGUGAAUAUUGUGGAGCUUUCCUUUUAGCCUAUGGACUACCUGUUGCCAUAGGUUUCGUUCUCAGUGCCAUGCUAUCCUUAAUCAGAUUGUGGAAGAUGCUAGACCGAAAAAUCGGAGAAUUGACUUUGAAGGCCAUGACCGUGGUAGUGUUUGUUAGCACAGUGUGUUACUAUCUAUGGGCUUUCCAUGCCACCGAACACAUGAGUCACUUUAAAGUGACCAGUCUGUGCAUCAACGGGACGAUACUGAGCAACCAAAGACUCAUUGACCAGAUUUUGGUGUCUUGGCCUAUUCUGUUGGGAGGUAUACUUUACAUCAUCUUCAAUUGUCGAGUGUAUUGGAUCUGCCGCUGCCAUGAUGUGCCGUUCAAUCCUGAUCCAUCAGAUCAGUUGAAGUCCAGGAAGAAGCAUAUUGGAACAAUCAAACGCCAAAGGUUCACCUCAGUUCCUUUGCGUGCCAGUCAGUUUUCAGGCAUAAUGUUUGUGCCAUUUAUACUAAUGGUGAUUUGUACCCGAGCAGCCCCUUACCACGUGUCCUUUCUGCUGAACAUGGCUACGUUAGGCAUUACAAAUGUCUUCCGUACAACAGUUACCAUGAAGUUCACCUUCAAGACCUCUCAAAUGUCCAAGAAAGACAGGCAAAAGCGAAUACGAGAGCUGGCGAAAGAAGAAUUGGAAGCAAGGCGUCAAGUUACUGAUUCGAAGAUCAGAUAUUAGGAUCUUAUCAUUCUGACUUCUGUAGCAAUUCGGGAUCCAAACAAAACAAAACGAAGGCCCUCGUAUGCACUCUUGUGGAAGAAGUGGAAGCGAAACGGAUUUUUUUGACAAUGUUUGGAACAAAUGUGUGAGAUAUCUAUUUGCAUCUUUUAUUUCUUCCUUCGUUGGAAUAUAAAAACUACAACGGGACACUAUUAAAAUAAAUUAGAUUUUUGUUAUCGAGUGCCAAAAACGGAUUUAUUGGGGUUGUUGUUUUGGAAUGACGAAUGGAAAUGCUACUCCUUCAAACUCAUGGAAAUUGUGCUUAUCUUGUUAGGAAUUCGCAAGAUUGUUAGCUCUUGGUGCGAAAUAAAUCAAA